AUGUAUCUGUGUUCAGGCAGCUGGAAGCUGGGGAGGAAGGACCCAGCGCGGGGCUCUGCGCAGCUCCCCAAACAGGACUACGAGGCCCUGCAGGAAAGGUGCCUGAGGGACGGUCGCCUCUUUGAAGACAGCAGCUUCCCGGCCACCCUGAGCUCCAUCGGCCGUGGGUCUCUGCUGCAGAAGCUGCCGCACCGCCUGCAGUGGAGGAGGCCUCCGGAGCUGCACAGCAAUCCUCAGUUCUAUUGUGCCAAGGCCAAAAGGCUGGAUCUGUGCCAGGGAGUUGUAGGCGACUGCUGGUUCUUGGCUGCUUUGCAAGCUCUGACUUUGCACCAGGACAUCCUGAAGCGGGUGGUUCCCCUGAAUCAGAGUUUCACUCAGAAGUACGCUGGCAUAUUCCAGUUCUGGUUCUGGCACUUUGGAAAAUGGGUUCCUGUGGUGAUAGAUGACCGACUGCCUGUGAAUGAGGCUGGCCAACUGGUCUUUGUGUCUUCUACCUACAAGAACUUGUUCUGGGGAGCUCUUCUGGAAAAGGCCUACGCUAAGCUCUCUGGCUCCUAUGAAGAUUUGCAGCUUGGACAAGUGUCCGAAGCCCUUGUGGACUUCACCGGAGGGGUGACAGUGACCAUCAACCUGGCAGAAGCACCUGGAAACCUCUGGGACAUCCUAACCCAAGCCGCCUAUAACAGAACCCUCAUUGGCUGCCAGACUUACUCAGGGAAAGAGAAAGUGCUGGAGAACGGGCUGGUGGAAGGCCAUGCCUAUACUCUCACAGGAAUCAGGGAGGUGACCUGCAAGCAUGGACCUGAAUAUUUAGUCAAGCUGCGGAACCCCUGGGGGAAGGUGGAAUGGAAAGGAGCCUGGAGUGACAGCUCAAGUAAAUGGGAGCUACUGAGCCCCACAGAGAAGAUUCUGCUGCUGAGAAAAGAUGAUGAUGGAGAAUUCUGGAUGACACUGAAGGACUUUAAAGCACAUUUCAUGGCUCUGGUCAUCUGUAAACUGACCCCAGGCCUGCUGAGUCAGGAAGUGGGCCAGAAGUGGGCGUACACCAUGAGGGAGGGAAGAUGGGAGAAGGGGACCACGGCUGGUGGCCAGAUGAAGUUUCCCCGAGACACAUUUUGGAGGAACCCGCAGUUCCUGCUGUCCGUCUGGCGGCCCCAGGAGGGCAGGCGGGCCCACAUGCCCUGCAGCGUGCUGGUGUCCCUGCUCCAGAAGCCCAGGCACAGGCACCGCAACUGCAAGCCUCACCUCGCCAUUGGCUUCUAUCUCUUUAGGGUGAACAAGUACUAUGAUGGCCAGAGGAGACUGCCUGCUGAGUUCUUCUGGAAAAAUGUUCCCCUGAGUUGGCCUGAGCCGUUUUGCACACAGAGAGAAGUGAGUCGGGAGCUGUGGCUGGAGCCAGGGAUGUACCUCGUUGUGCCCUGCACGUCUGAGGCCUGCCAGGAGUCGGAGUUCGUCCUCAGAGUCUUCUCCAGGAAGCAUGUCUUUUAUGAAGCCGGCAGCAGUUCCAGUGCUGUCUUCUCUAAGGAAAUAGUAGACCGAAAUGAAGGGCAGGAUGAAUUCUCCACCAAAUUCUUUGAAGAGCACCCAGAAAUAAAUGCAGCUCAACUGCAGAAGAUCCUGAACCGUGUUACCUGGUCAAGGCUGGGGACCACGCAGCCCCUCUUCAGCCUCAACGCCUGCCAGGGGAUCCUGGCCCUACUGGACCUUAACGAGUCAGGUACCAUGAACAUCCAGGAAUUCAGGGACCUGCGGAAGCAGCUGACGCUCUACCAGGAAGUUUUCCACAAGCAAGACAGUAACCGGUCAGGAUGUCUGGACUGGGCCCAGCUACGGGCUGCCAUGAGGGAGGCAGGAAUCGUGCUCAGUGAUGACGUCUGCCAGCUGUUGCUUAUCCGCUAUGGUGACCCCAGCCUCCAAAUGGACUUUGUCAGCUUUGUCCACUUGAUGCUGCGUGCGGAGAAAAUGGAGGAUGUCUUCCAAAACUUAACCCAAGAUGGCAAAGGGAUAUACCUCCAGAAGCCAGAGGAGGAGAUCCUCAGGGCCAUCAAAGGAGGUCUACAGGGAGUGGCAGCCAACUUGUUGGAAUCUCACUCUGAGGUUCUCUCCGACACCAUUGGUAACUUCACCAUUAUCAUCUUCAUCAUCACCAGCAGCAGCAGCAUCAUUCUGAUUUCGAGUCAGUUUCCCUCGCGGCGGCAGCGGGCAAGCGGCGGCGGCGGCAGCGGUGGUGCGGGGAGCAUCUUGGCGGCCACCGUGCUAAUCUCGCUGGAGCGGGCGUCCAGCUUGGCUGCCCUUCGGCUCUUCCCUGCCGCGCCGCGGGGCGCCUGGCGCCCCCUACCUCUACCCCUGCUUGCUUCUCUCCGAAGCGGGAGCGGCGCCUUGCAGCAUCCCGCCGCCCCUCCACCCGGAUCCCGAGGCUGA